AGUGACACUCAGGAAGGAAGUAUAAAUUGUCUGCAUACUUGUUUAGGGAGUGGUUGACCAAUUCUUGACAGCAAACUCUAUAAAUUAAUCUGAUGCGAGCUGAGCGCUCAUUUUUCUCCACAUAGAAAAAUUUACUGAGACGUUUUAGUAGGGUAAACUGGUGAAAAUUGGUAUUAUGUUCCUUUACUGGCUUUUGGUUUUUCUAAUCAGGGUCCAGUCAAUUAGGAAGAAUUAGGUAUUUAACGGAGGCAACAAGCCGGGCAACGCGGUAGGAAGUAUACAGAUACCGGCGAACCUGAGUGGGAGGUGAGAUUCCCGAGGAUUCUGUGACGCAAUUUCGAAAUUUGACAAACGGGGGAAAGAAACGAGUAGUUUCAAUAGCAGCCAAAGCAAUUCGACUGUUGACUACUGAACGGAAGGUGGGGUUGGCGUUGAAUGAGUUCCACAAAAUAACUCGUUUCCUUCAGAAACGUUUGUUUUUCCUGUUAUACAGGCAGAGCUCGUUCACCGGCAGCCAGGCAGACAUGAGUGGCCUGGAAAAGUCUCCUACUGGGAGUGGUAAGCCCACCCACUCCAGGAACAGUAGCCACUCAUCUCGCCACUCCCACCAGAACUCUCGCCAUUGGGAGGUAGUGGAGGACAUUGCGAGCGUGAGUGCAGGUGCGGAGUCUUUGCACGACGUGACCAUUCCAGGCUUGUGUGAGGGUUUCCUCAUGAAGAAGAAGAAGUGGCCCCUCAAUGGCUGGCAUAAGAGGUAUUUUGUGUUGAAGCAAGGGAUCCUCCGAUAUGCCAAAACGCAACAAGAUAUUUGUAAAGGGAAGCUACAUGGCACUUUAGAUGUCAGCCUAGCAGUGAUGUCUGUGAACAAGAAAUCCAAACGCAUUGACUUGGAUGCAGGGGAUAAUCUGUAUCACAUAAAGGCAAAAAGCCACGAAAUCUUUUAUAUUUGGGUGACGAAGCUCUGUGCUCAUCGCAUUUACAAAAAGAAUGAAGCUGUGCAAAUGCACCAUGGGGUGCUUCAGGCUCUCUCAGUAGGUAGUAGUGGUCUCCCAACAAUAGCUUGUCUUGCCCACCGAAACCAGGCCCUGCCAGAUAUGUACGAGGGCAGCACAUCUGGAGAAGCGCCCCUUAAAGAAGACUAUCCAACGGACCUAACCAGCAAAGUGUCAUCCUGGCUGGAGCAGAAUCAUGAAGUCAGCUACUGCACUCAGGGUACUAGAACCACAGAGCUCACCCAGUGUCAGCUGGACUUGCUGGAGCUGAACCAGUUGAUCCAAAAGUUAAAUCUUCUGCAGUCCUGGCCUGUUACUGACAAUGACUUGGAACGUCGCAUUAGUAUGCAGAAUCUCACUCUAGAGAAGCCCAAGAAGAAAUCUGGCAAGAUUUGGGGCCACACUCGCACCCUGUCUGGAGUAGAGUUCACCUCCAGCCAUCUGAACAUUUCAUCACACAUGGGUGCAUCAGUCCAGUCUAUCCCUGACUACGUCUACUCCCAGUUGUCUACACCAAGUGCCGUGUCUCCUGAGGGCAAGAAGAUCCAGCAGGAAAUCUGUGUUGUGUCUCAGCGAUUGCAUAACUCGCUCGCAUCCGUGCAUCAAACCCUGGUGAGGGAGAGGGAGCGUCUCCAGCAGGCCUGGGCAGGGCCGCACCUCCGAGAGGCUACAUCCCACCAACUGGCCAGCCUGUGUACCACCCUUUCUGAGCUGGAAGUACAGUCCCGUCUGACCAAAGUCCAUUCCUUGUCCUUGUCUUCUGAUUCUACCGAGGAGUCCUUCUGUACUGUACGACAGGAACAGCCAGCAUCUUUAGGAUGUCAGUAUCACAGGCCACCAUCUGUGGCUGAUUCGAUGGCGGAGUACUUUGAUGCCAGCGACGUCCUCAAAUGUGAAAGCUCCUCAGAAAAUGAAGCCUCUGACGAGUCAGGACUAAGUGAUGUCACCACCAGUAACUCGGAGCCUGAGGAGAGUCAUGUGGUUUCCACCCAGACCUACCGUGCCAGUGUUUCAAGUGCCCUCGACGUGUCUGUUGUGCCCAAAGACACCGGCCGCCGCACCAGCCUUCCUGCCCCCUGCCCAGACAACAGCCACAUUGGGCUGAUGACCAUCUUGUACAAUAACAUUGGGAAGGACUUGUCUCGAGUGUCCAUGCCAGCUGCUCUCAAUGAGCCCUUGUGUCUGAUGCAGAGGCUAUGUGAGGAGCUGGAGUAUUCGGAGCUGCUUGACACUGCCAACCACACAGAGGACCCCUAUCAGAGGAUGGUCUAUAUUGCUGCAUUUGCUAUCUCUGGUUAUGCCUGGGCACGCUAUCGCAACCGCUACAAACCCUUCAAUCCUGUGCUUGGGGAGACGUUUGAAUGUGUGCGCGAAGACCGAGGUUUCCGCUACGUCAGUGAGCAGGUUUGUCAUCACCCUCCCAUCUCUGCCUGCCAUGCGGAUUCUGAGAACUUCUCAUUUUGGCAAGAUCAGCGAUGGAAAAAUAAGUUUUGGGGCAAAUCCCUGGAGAUUAUUCCUACAGGAAUGGUAAAUGUCGUGCUUCCAAGAUUUGGUGAUCAUUAUGAGUGGAACAAAGUGGUCACCUGCAUCCACAAUGUACUCAGCCAGCAGCGUUGGCUAGAACAUUAUGGUGAAGUUGUGAUUCGCAACACCAACAGCAAUGUCUGCACUUGCAAGAUCACGUUUGUGAAGUCUCGCUACUGGAGCACAGACGGCAACAUUAAUGAAGUACAAGGACAGGUAUUGAAUGAGGCUGGUGAAGUGGUCCACCGUUUCGGCGGCCUCUGGCACGAGGGGAUUUUUUGUGACACCUUUCCUGUGCCAAAGUGUAUUUGGAAACCUAACCCUCAGCCAGAGGACCACUUUAAGUACUACGGCUUCUCGUGCUUUGCCAUGGAAAUGAAUGAGCUGACUCCUGAAAUGCUCCCUUUGCUUCCUCCAACUGACAGCCGCUUCCGCCCUGAUCAGAGGCUUCUGGAGGAGGGGAUGGUAAAUGAGGCAGAUAAACGCAAGGAUGAAGUGGAGGAGAAGCAGAGGGAACGAAGGAAACUUCUGGCCAAAAAAGGCCAAGUGCAUGUACCUCGAUUUUUCAGGAAAACGUUGGAUUCUUCUGGCAGGGAGGUAUGGAUCACUAAUGAUACCUACUGGAAGAUCCGUGAAGAUCCUGGAUUUACCUACACGGACAAUCUGGCACUGUGGUGAACCCGUCAACAGUGCGCACGCUGGGGACUAAACCUAGACACUUGUAUAAUUCAAAUGUUGAAUGAGGCAUAUUCAUCUCUACAGGGUGGAGUGGGGAGGAGGAUUCUCUAGUGUUUGCAGCAUGUAUGAACUACUCUGUUUAUAGAGCAGGGAUUAUGCUUCUCUGCACCGUCAAUCUUAUUCAUGGACGUACCUGAUGGUCUCCACCUUGCAAGCCAUGAUGGUGUACACCCAGUGAAUUUUAGGUUUUUAAAUGGUGACUGAUUUGUCAUGUGAAGAAUAAGAAAUCCGUUAUCUGUUCUACCAUAAUGCACUUUGAAAUGGGGUCGCUCACUUAUGUGGUGAAGUUUAUAAAAUGGAUGUUUAUGGGUUUGAAUGUUUACUCUCCUUCAUUGUAGAGUCUUAUCUGUACCUUGGGUAUUUGUAGUGUCACUGCAUUUAUCCUUUGCCCAAUUCUGACAAGCUCAUGCUUAGACCUAGUAAAAGUGUGAGUCAUAUUUUAAACUGCCAUCUCUGCAGAUUCAUUCUGUUGAUACGAUGAUGUAAUUAUGGAUGUUUCAACAGCUUGACAGAACCAAAAUGUGAUGCUGUAAGUGAUGGGGAACAUCUCACCAUGUUAGUGUAAGACUUCCUGUAAGUAAAUAAAACUGAUUCUAAA